AUAAUUUGCCAUGCUUGAGCAAUCGCAGUCUGUCUGUGUUUUGUGUGCUUUGUAAACAUGGACGGUUUUGUCAAGCAACGUUGGGAUAUUCACAUAACAAUAUGAUCACUUACUAAGUAAUCAGAUCUUUAUGCUAUAACCCACCGCCUCUGUUAUUACACAUAAGCCUUUCUGCGCAGCCUUGUCAUCAGUGGUUGGAAAAUGGCCGUUCCAAAACAGAAGACUUCAUCAGUGUGCCAAAUGGAAAAUGAAAUUAAGAGUCUGAAGGAGGAGAAUAAGCACCUGAAGAUGGAACUUGAGGAGAUAAGAUCAUUGUAUAAACAGCUUGUUCAUGAAGCUCCCUCCGAAAAGUUUGAUGAGAUGCGAGUGAACCUGUUAAAAUCGCAGCUCAUACAGCUCGAGCGACAAAUAUUGCUGCAAUCGGAAGCAAUAACCUCCAGAGCAGACAUCCUGCUGGUGGUUGAGAAUGCCCUCCAGUCAACAGCAGAUUCAAUGAGGAAUUUGCUAGCCAGUGGCGUUUAUGGUCCAACGGUACCAGUUGAAAGAUCGCAGCUGAUGAAAGUUAUUGAAAACCUUGAAGGUGCUCGACAUCGCUUGUAUAAGAACAUAGAGAAUAAUUCAUCUGAAAAGCUAGCUAAGCCAGUGCUGUACAUGGGAGAGUUCCUAAAGCCAGGCCGGGGCAGGGAAGUGACAGUACUAGAUGUGUGCAAUGGGACCACCGAACAUAUCAGCUUAAAGCAUGUGGCCAAAUUGGAAUCAAAAUUAUUUACACUACAAAAGAACUUACAUGCGUUGCACCAGUCAAUGAAACUAUUCUGGUCACAUGAUUUUAAACAGCCUGUUUACACCAACCAGCAACUUGGUCUACCUGUUAUUCAACGGUUGUCAGGACAACUGGCAAAAUCUGAGAAAUGUCUAGAGCAGUGCUGCCGUGAUCUUAUAGCAUUGUCAAUAUUGGUGCCCACCGCACCAUGGCCUGUAUUGAACAAGCCACCUGUUGUCGAGGUAACAACUGAAAUGGUAUUAUCAGCACUUCCAAAUUUUCCUCGUAGUAAACAGCAAGAAGGUAAAAAAAUGAUAACAGCACUAACAAAGGCUUGCAGUUACACUAGACAAGUGGUGAGAUUGGAGGCUAAAGCUUGUGCAGAGGAACUGAAAUAUCACCAAGCAAUCUACCAGCUCCAAAUGGACUAUAUGCAGUCACUGUUUACGGCUGUCAGUGAUGCCUACUGUAAAUUUGAAGGCAACAUUCAACAAAUGCUUGGUAAACCCUUGAAAGAUGUAUUAGAUUCGUUUAUGUUGUUGAGAGACUCUGCAUCAGAGGAUGCUCUGAGAGAUUUCUUGGCAACUUUUAAAGAUCAUGCUGAUACACUUACAGAUGCUGUCAAAUCACUUUCACCAUGUAGUGACAAUGUGUCAGAUGGGACUCAUAAAGCAUUGACUGAUUUUGGCAAGCAAUUCUUCAUAUCAGUUGACACCCAGUCAAGAAAAUGCAUUGCUGAACGAGAUCGCCUCGCAAAAGAGAUUGAGGAGGUUAAACAACAGAGGGAGCUGUACAACAGUGAAGUCAAAGAUAUUUUCUCACCAAAACCAGAAGUUGAAAAAGUGGAUAAUGGUACCAUAGAAGAAAAUAAACACAUUUCAGAUAUUUCUCAUGAGUGUGGUGAUGUUUCUGUGAAGAAUGUCCCAGUAAGAGUUAGCUCGGCUAAGAAGACUCUAAACGGGCCCAAAAGUAGUAAUGAUGUAAAAGGCAGUGGUAUGAAACAAGGGUUGAUUGAAGGCAAAGCAACAGUAAGGAAUGCUCACGAUAGGGGUAAUGGCACAAUAGAUGAACAAGUAGCCAUCGCACCAGUGACACAAAUUCCCACCUCUAGGCCAAAAAUGGUGAGGCAGAACAGCUCCGGUGGUACACCAAGCAGGAUAGCUAGGCCCACUAGUAGCUUGCAAAGAGGCCUUAAAAAAUCACCAACAAAAUAAGUAAACAUAUUAAAUAUUAUAUGUACAUUCCAAACUAUUCACUGUACUAUAUUCAACACAAGGUAUAUUUUUCAACUUCCAGUCAAUGAUGUUUACAGGUAAUGCAAUAGUAAUAAUUAUGAGUGCUGUAAGAUUCCUCUAUGCACUUUUGUUUUUCUUGGUAACUUGUCCUUGUGUAUCUAAAACAUUCAAUUUUCACCGAUUUAAAUAUACUGUACUAUUUUAAGAAACCUUAAAUUAAUUGCCAGCUAAUUUAAAGGCCUAUGCAGAAAAAUGGUAUUAUUUAUGUGUCUGUAAAUUUGUAACAAAAAGCAAAUUCUAAUUGAAGAUUAAACAAUUCAAUUUUGGUUUUUUGUAUAUAUCCUUAAAAAUGAAUGAUGAUAAAAGUAUAGUAGUUAGGAAGGUAUUCUAAAAGAUUUUAACAAUUACAUUUAUUAUUUUUACUGAAUAUUCGAUCUAAAAAGUGUGCUAUAUAUGGAUAAAUUAGGAUUAUGUUUUAGUUUUAUGGAUAAAUUAGGAUUUUGUUUAGUCUUAUGGAUAAAUUCGAAUUUUUGUUUAGUUUGCUAUUUUCACUAUACUCUCACGAAUUUCAAAAUGUACUGUACACAUGUAAAUUGAUGCUGAGGUAGGUAAGGGAUGCUAUAGGUAAGUAAGGUAAAGGUUAAAACCUGAACCUCUGCGCUCACAGGCCAGAUAGCUUGUCUCUCUCUCCUUGGCAUUUGGGUCAGAAUGUGCAAGGCUGUAAGGGUUUUGCCACUCUUUCCACACAAGUUUGUUUAACCUUCACAGCAUAUGCCGGUACCCAUUUAUGCUCCUGUGUAGAGUGAGACAAACGUAGAUAAAGCAUCUUGCGUAAAGCCCUUGCUGCGCAAGUGACUUGCGCAGCAAGGGCUUUGAACCCCAACCUCAAGUCUGAGACACAACUGUUGCACUAACCACUUCCACUAAACUAUGAGGUCCAGUGGCAGCGCUACGGGGAGGGAGAAUUUCCCUCCCCCCCCCCAGACGCUGGUACCGCCACUGAUGAGGUCCUAAAAAUACACCAUGGAACCAAAAUUAAUGCUACCAGGAAGACAAUAAAUUAUUGAUGUUAAUUAUUAAACUAAAUAAGUCAAUUGUCACAUCGUCAUUUUACAUUCCACCUAACUUUCAAGUUAUUUUAAGCUCUGUUGGAAAUUAAAAGCCUUAUUAGGAGCUGUUAUACCUUUCAAAGCCACCUUCAGCCCCUGCAGGGACCUAAACUUCUAAGCUAGGCACCACUAUCAACGGCAGAGACUCGUCUAAACCUUUCCUUCAUUAUAAGAACGCUGCAUUCCAUUUUUCUAAAUCUAGAUAAUUAGUGUGUGGACAUCUGUUAGUACUAUUUAAGACUUAUAGUUCCUGUAGAAUUAUAUGAACUUGGUCAAACCUAUCUUUUAAAAUAAUGACACUAAUAAUAAAUAGUAUUCAGAUAGAUUAAUAUGAGUAAUAAUGUCCUGAUAAAUGCAAAUUAUGCUACACUAUGCAAAUUUGCUUCAAGUAAUUAUUCAUUGUUGUCUCCAAACUUUGUAACUUUUAUAUUACCGUACCACCUACAUACUAUUGUUGUGUCUUAAAAGCAGCUAACACAUUCUAUGCAAUAACUAUAAUUCCAGUCGAUUCAAGUGAAAAUGAUUUGUUUUGUAUACAAUUAAUAAUCUAAACCGCAAGUUCAGAUUGGUUGUACUACUGUAUUCAUUUCGAAACAUUUUACUGCAAAGCUGUGAUUAAUUAAAGUAUGUGCAAUGCAAACCAUGUUA